CCUCUUUCAAUCCUGUCUCGCCGCAAUCCGUUUUUAUACACUUAUCCUUAAUUCCUCAGUCUGUGCGAUGAUGCUCUGUGUCAGUAGGGCAGCGCUUGUAUCUAUUAGAUCUGCUCGGGGAGCGUCAACACCGGCAGCAUGGAAUCGAAGCAUACAGAUCCGCAGGUAUACGCCCAAAGAAAGCCUCGCCCAUGCGCCCACCAUGAAGCCAGUCAGUAAACACGCAGUCAGCCAGGACCUCGUUAUCAAGCAGGGCUGUCUGUCGUCGACGAUCAGGCGUUUGGCAACCCGGCCUCGCUGUCUCGAGUUUGUCCGAUCCAGAGGCGAGUUUCUGGGACUCCCAGUGCUGUCUACCGAUGCCAAUGUCCCGGCACGCAAACCCACAGCCGUCGAGCGGCUGCGCGCACUGGUUAUGAAGGGGAUCGAGGCAUUCAUGCCUGCAGACUACAAAAACACAGUGACGCCCGAGUACAUUCCGUACACAAAAUGGCAAUUCGUCCACAAUGUGUUUGGCGCAGCAUCGGGCGUUCUAUCCACGCAGGCGAUGCUGUACGCAAUGGGUCUGGGUGCCGGAUCGCUGCCUCUGUCGGCAGCCUAUAAACUGGGCGUGAUCUACGCGACGCUAGUCGGCCAGCGGUUCGACAGCGACCCGAAGCACCAGCGGUUCUGGUCGACCAUCUGGCUGCAGUGCGCGACAUGGCUGGAGAUGCUGACCCCGCUGGUACCGCACCUGUUCCUUGUGAUUGGAUCCGUUGCGAAUGUGGGCAAAAACAUCUCGUGGCUGGCUAUCUUUGCCACCAAGGCUACAGUCAACCGCCAGUUUUGCCUGAAGGAGAACCUGGGCGAUGUCACAGGCAAAGUUUGGCUCGCAAGCAACCGCCGCCGGGCUUCUUGGCACUGCCACUGGCGUGCUAAUCGGCGCUACCAUGGAUGGGUCAAUAUACACGCUGCUGGUCGCUUUUGUACCGCUGAGCCUGAUCAGCCUGUGGGCAAACCAUGUGUCGCUGUUUUACGCAAUCACGCCGUCGCUGAACUUGGAGCGCGCGCGCCUCUUGCUCAGUUGGCGCUAAACGCCAGUGCGAUAAAGGCGCCGCGGGAGGUGGCCAGGGCUGAGGAAUUCAUCCGGCAGGUCCACCACAUCACCCCCACUGCGGAUCUUCCUGGCAUCGUUGUGUCCCGGAGGCUCGACAGGAUAGCCCACGAUAUGCCGGCUCGUCGCAGCCAGAAAUCGCAAGAUCUAGUUGCGCGCAUGGUCGCCAGGGCAGUUGAGCAGCAGGCAGGCGCUCCGAACGAAAACUACUAUAUUGGGUAUUUGCCUGAAUCCACAGCGCAUGGCAGCACCAAUGGCAAUGUAUAUCUGUGGUUCAGCGACAAGGCAUCGACCAGUGAUAUGCUACUUGCUUUCUACAACGCCAUGUCACUGCGCCAGCUGCUCGGUACUCGGACAGAUGUAGAGGAAGCGGCGAAGCGCGCGCACGGGUUUGCUAGGCGCACAUUUGAGGAAUUUACUACCUCCUUGAAGCAGCGGGGGUGGGAUACGGAGACCAUCUUCUUUAGCAAAGAGUCGAGGCUGCUACGUCUUGAAGAGACAGCUAGAAAGGAAUAAAUAAUCUCGGUGCUAUUUACUACCCAAUAGUACAAUUUGCGUAUUUGCCGUUACGUUCAUGGUUAAUAAACGUGCACAUGCUGGCUUCUACUUGUGGCGUGCAUAUGCAUAAAUGCAGC